UGAAUCUUUUCUCUGGCUUUUCCUAGGUGGAAAUGCAGGGAUCGGGGAGGCCACAGCAGUGGAUCUGGCCCGGAGAGGUGCCCGUGUCAUUCUGGCAUGCCGCGACAAAGCGAGAGGAGAAUCGGCCAUGUACAACAUCCGACGGGAAAGUGGGAACUCGGAGGUGAUCCUGAUGAUCCUGGAUCUGGCCAGCCUGAACUCCGUGCGAGCUUUUGCGCAGACCUUCUUAGCCUCGGAGCCCCGCCUGGACAUCCUCAUCAACAACGCAGGAGUCCUUAAGGUUGGCCAAACCGCUGAUGGCUUUGACCUGGCCUUCCAGGUCAACCACUUGGGCCACUUCCUGCUGACCCACCUGCUCCUGGACCGGCUGAAGCGCUGCACCCCGAGCCGGAUCGUAAUUCUGACCUCGAUAGCCCACAUCUCUGGGAAGAUGGACUUUCGGACCAUCCACAAACCGGGGAAGGGGAUGCAGAAUGUUUUAUCUUCAUACAGCAACAGCAAACUAGCCAACAUUCUCCACGCCAGAGAGUUGGCCAAGCGGUUGGAAGGAACCAACGUCACCUGCUACGCGGUUCAUCCAGGACUUGUUAGAACUGAAAUUAAUCGCUCCCUGCCAAGGUGGAUAAUUUGGUCCUUUCAGUUCAUGAGGCUGUUCAGCCGAGAUAGCAACAUGGGCGCCCAGACCUCCAUUUACUGCGCCACCGAGGAAGGCAUCGAGAGGCUGAGUGGCCGGUAUUUCGUGGACUGCCAGCCGAAGGUGCCCAGUCCCCUGGCCUGCGAUGACCAGCUGGCCAAGAAGCUCUGGGAAUUCAGCGAAAGGCUGCUGGGACUGACCACUUAAGGCGGGAAGAGUCAGAGGCAGAGUUUGAGGUAACCGAAAUCCUGCGUCCGAUUAACCUGGGAUAUCAAACUGCAGUGAAUCUGGAAACUACCCAGAGGUUGUGGUGUGGCUGAGCCUUGAAUUUCUGAGAAGUUUAAAAACUGGGAAUUUGUGGUGGGAUUUGUGGUGAGUUGCCCAGGAUUGGGCAUAAUAAUCUUUUAAAUAAAAGAAACAAACUCCAUCAAGUCCAUCGAGCAAUUAAAGGAAGAUGGCGGCGGUAGUAGCGGCAGCGUGAGGAGCUCCGGCGGGCACGGGCAGCGCCAGGCGACAAGCUCUCUAAUCCCUGCGGGUCCAGCCGGCAAGGUGGAAAAAGCCUAAUGCCCGAGACUUGC